AUGGCACCCACAACUAUCUCAGAAGACUCGCUGACGUCGGGCCAACGGAUGCCGUCUCCAGACCCUGGUGAUGAAGUCUUCAUCACCGGCACCUCUGGUUGCUUCCCUAAUUCGGAAUCAGUUGUACACUUACAAGAGAAUUUGUUUAAUAAGGUGGACCUGAUAUCAGGGGAUGAUCGUCGUUGGAUGUUGACUCACCCUGAUAUCCCGCAACGUACUGGCAAAAUCUAUAACAUUGAAAAAUUCGACGCUAGAUUUUUUGGCGUGCACUACAAGGAGGCACACAGUAUGGAUCCUAUGACUAGAAUCAUUUUGGAGAAAACAUACGAAGCUAUCAUCGACGCUGGUUUUAAUCCGAAGGAAGUGCGCAACACCAGGACUGGUGUGUUCAUCGGUGUUUGCUUCUCGGAAUCGGAGUUGGAAUGGUGGUACAAAAAAAUGCACGUCAAUAGUUACGGUAUAACUGGCUGUUCCCGAGCCAUGAUAGCCAACCGUAUCUCUCACUGGCUUGGAGUUACUGGUCCUUCCUACUCUGUGGAUUCAGCUUGUUCCAGUUCUAUGUAUGCUUUGGAACAUGCAUACAAAGCUAUACGUGACGGCCAUUGUGACGCAGCUAUUGUUGGAGGAUGCCAUCUGUGCCUCAAUCCUUUCGUCUCAUUACAGUUCUUUAGACUCGGUGUUCUAUCUACUGAUGGAAGGUGCAAGUGUUUCGACAACGGUGCAACUGGUUACGCCCGUUCUGAAGCAGUAGUGGUUUGUUUCCUGCAGAAAGCUAAGGAUUCAAGAAGGGUCUACGCCCAAAUAAUCCAUGCUAAAACUAACUGUGAUGGGUAUAAAGACCAAGGUAUCACCUACCCUUCUGGUGAGGUGCAGAAGUUACUUCUCAGUGAAUUUUACGAAGAGUGUUCCAUUCCACCCAACACCGUCGAGUACGUAGAAGCACAUGGAACAGGUACAAAGGUUGGAGAUCCCGUAGAACUGAAAGUCAUUGGUGACAUUUUCUGUACUGGGCGAUCUGAUCCUCUAAUGAUAGGAUCUAUCAAGUCUAAUUUGGGACACUCUGAACCGUCGUCUGGUCUUUGUUCACUGGCGAAGCUCUGCAUCGCAUACACAACAGGAUAUAUUCCUCCAAAUAUAAACUACAAAGUCCCAAGAAAAGAAAUACCACUUCUCGAGGAGGGAACACUGAAGGUAGUGACUGAGAAGCAGCCAUGGGGCAGGGGCAUGUCUGCUAUCAACAGUUUCGGCUUUGGGGGUGCGAACGCCCACGUCUUGCUCAAAAACGUUGCGAGACCGAAGGUCAAUAAUGGAAUGCCGUCAGAUGAUUUGCCCAGAUUGAUCUGCGUGUCGGGUCGAACUGAAUCUGCCGUGGCCAAGAUUCUAGAUGACCUUGAGUCGAGGACUGUUGACGCUGAACUUGUUAGACUUUUACACGCGAUACACGAUGAAGAUAUCAGUGGACACGGUUUUAGAGGAUACACUUUAUUGGGCUCGACUCCAACGAAGAGCUUGUUACUAGCUCGGAACAUCCAAUCCUUCUCCGGUACUCGUCGUCCAGUUUGCUUCGUAUAUUCCGGUAUAGAUUCCUAUUGGACAGGAAUGGCUACACAGCUCAUGAGGGUCCCUAUAUUCGCUGCUGCUAUUGAAAAGUGCCAAAAUGCAUUAGAGCGUAAGGACACAGAUUUGGUCAAGCUUAUAACGGAUCCAGACCCAAAAAUAAACGAUAACGUCCUCAAUACUUUCAUCGGUAUCACCGCUCUUCAAAUUGGUCUCACGGAUGUCCUGAAAGCUGUUGGUAUUGAACCCGACUUUAUUAUUGGUCACGGUGUGGGUGAAUUAGUUUGCGCUUACGCAGAUGGCUGUUUCACAGCAGAACAGACGAUUCUCUCUGCAUAUUAUAUCGGUUUAGCUGUCACUGACACUGCUUUAAUUAAGGGCUCUAUGGCUGUAGUAGGACUUGGAUUUAAGGAGAUAAAAACAUUACUUCCGCCCGAAAUUGAAGUGGCUUGCCACAAUGGACCUGACUCCAGCACGAUUACUGGCCCAGCGGAUACAAUAAAGACUUUGGUUGCCAAACUAGUAGCGCAAGGAAUCUUUGCCAAGGAGGUAUUUUGCAAUGACAUCGCCUACCAUUCGCGAUACAUCACUGAAGCUGGACCUACACUUCUUAAAUAUCUGAAGGAAGUUAUUCCAACACCAAAACUACGUUCAGAGCGGUGGUUGUCUACUUCUAUUCAGCAGGACUUGUGGGAACAUUCCAAAGCUAAGACAUCCUCAGCGGAAUACCACAGCAACACUUUGCUAAGUCCAGUGCUGUUUGAGGAGACAGCUCGACUUGUUCCUGAAAACGCUAUUACUAUAGAGAUUGCCUCAGACGACCUCCUGCAGAAAUGUUUACCUCAAUCUGUUAAGAAGGAUAUUAUCAAUGUCCCAUUAACCGAGAGAAAUCACGAGGACAACGUUCAAGUUCUCUUCACGGCUCUGGGCAAGUUAUACGAAGCCGGACUGAACCCACACCUCGCCAGUCUUUACCCCACUGUCAAUUUUCCUGUGUCACAAGGAACCCCAAUGCUUUCACAUCUGGUCGAGUGGGAGCAUAGUGAAGAUUGGUACGUAAUAUCCUACAAAGGCAGUGUAAUGGAGUCUAGUGAAAGAACGGUGUACAAGAAUAUUAAGCACGAAAUGACGGAGUUCAUGAUUGGUCACGUUGUUGAUGGUCGUAACUUGUACCCUGCAACCGGCUACUUAGUGAUGGUGUGGGAAACCCUUGCAAUGAUGACUGGGGAGAUGUUCAUGCAAGUAUCGGUGGUGUUCGAGAACGUGCGAUUCCAAAGAGCUACUAAUAUCCCUAAAGACGGAAUGUUAGAGUUCCUUGUUAUGAUUCAGAAAGGAAGUGGAAAUUUUGAGAUCUUUGAAGGCGGAACAUCCGUUGUAACUGGAAGGAUAUAUGCACAGAAAAACGUCGGAAAAGAUUAUCGUGUACUUCCAGAUGAGCCUGAAUCCACAGGACCCAAUGUCAAACACUUACUUACGAGGGACUUCUACAAGGAGUUACGUUUAAGAGGUUACCAGUACAGCGGUCUCUUCCGAGGCGUAAUCGGAUGUAACGUGGAGGGCACCCGAGGCCGCCUGGCUUGGAUCAACAACUGGGUCUCGUUUAUGGACUGUAUGCUGCAGAUGAAGAUCAUUAAUACAGACACUCGAGGUCUUUUCGUGCCCACCAGUAUUGAGAAACUGUGUAUCGAUACAGAUAUGCACCAAGAAGCUAUAUCGAAAAUGGAACCUGAUUCUACAAGGCAGUCGUUUGAGAUUAGGGUGUAUCCUACUUUUAAUAUUAUCAGAGCUGGUGGAGUCGAAAUUCGAGGCUUACAAGCAACCCCUAUUUCAAAAAGGAAUCCUCUCGGUAUACCAGUUUUAGAAAAGAACGUAUUCAUACCCAACUUCGGAAAGUCUGAGAUGAAGAUUGAAGAAAUUCUCAGAAGCAACGUUCAGCUCAUUCUUGAAAAUAUGCAAAUUUACAAAUUUAAAAGUGUUGAAAUAAUUGACGACGCAUAUAAAACUGCUGAAUUAAAACCUAUCUUGGGUAAAGUAGCAGAAGUCUUAGGUGACUUACCUCUAGUACAAGCUGAUUUAUCCGUUAUUUCUGAAGAUCCUAUUGAAAUGCCAUUUAAUAUUUGUAAAGAAAAUAAAAAGUUGAUUGGAGAAAAUAAUAUCCUACUACUUAUAGGUGCUAAUCUGCUCCACAGACCUGAAGUACUUAAAGAUGGGUUAGCAACUCUCCGCAAAGGAGGAUUUAUCAUGAGCCGUGAAAAAAAUUCUAUUAAUCCUAAUGAUUUUUCUGACAAAUACGACAUCAUUACCAUACAAGAUACUGGCGUCGAAUAUAUCAUCCUCUUCCGAAAACGGGUUCCAAUAAAAUCAGCAAAAUUUGUUAACAUCGCCUCAGCCGAUCAAACAUAUGCUUGGGUGGACAAAGUAAAGGAGGAACUCGAAACUGGACAAAAACUGGUUCUAUAUAGUCAAAAUGAGCCUUUAAAUGGACUAUUAGGUCUCAUCAAUUGUCUGAGGAAAGAACCUGGAGGAGAAAUAGUCUAUGGUCUAUUAAUUGCCGAUCCUUUGGCACCGCCAUUUAAACCAGAUUUAGAUUUCUAUGCAAAUCAGUUGAAUAAGGAUUUAGCUAUAAAUGUUUAUCAAGACGGUCAAUGGGGAACGUACCGUCAUUUACUCUUAGGUGACUUGGAUACAGUUCAGGCCCAUCAUGCCUUUGUAAACACCGUCACUAUUGGAGAUCUAUCUUCACUGAGCUGGCUGGAGGGACCUAUCAGAGAGAAUCCAGAUUUCAAAAACCCAGACAAUAUUCUUGUGCAUAUAUACUGCGCUGCUUUAAAUUUUCGGGACGUAAUGACUGCAAUGGGGCGCGUGACGGUCGAUUCCAUCGCAACGGGCAGACUUGCACAAGAGUGCGUGCAAGGGUUUGAGAUCGUCGGCAGAACGUGCAAUGGUACACGAGUUAUGGGCAUAGUGAUAAAUAGUGGUUUGGCUAACAUGGUGGUAGUGGAGAAGACGCUCUUAUGGGCCAUCCCUGAUGAAUGGACUUUCGAAGAAGCUGCAACUGUGCCUGUGGCUUACGCAACUGUAUACUUUGCAUUGGUAAUGAUGGGUCAGAUACAAAGAGGAGAAUCUAUCUUGAUCCACGCUGGUUCUGGUGGUGUUGGUCAAGCCGCCAUCAACGUUGCUCUUCACUACGGAUGUGAAGUGUUCACUACUGUUGGUACUCCGGAGAAAAGAGCCUUUAUCAAGAAGCUUUUCCCACAACUUAAGGACAGUCAUAUCGGUAAUUCUCGCGACACGUCCUUCGAACACAUGGUCAGAAAAGAAACAAGCGGAAAAGGAGUUAAUUUGGUACUCAAUUCUCUUGCCGAUGAGAAAUUACAGGCUUCGAUUCGCUGUCUCGGAUACCGCGGUCGCUUCUUAGAAAUCGGAAAGUUUGACAUUAAUAACAACACGCCCAUUGACGUCUCCUUCUUCCGCAAUGAAAUCUCCUUCCAUGGAGUUAUGUUGAACCUCCAGAUCGAAGAUGGCGAAGCUUUUAAGUCACUUACUGAACUGCUGGUUACUGGUAUUGCGAGCGGCGCUGUUCGCCCGCUCACGAACUGCACUUUCGAGAAAAACGAAAUUGAGACCGCAUUCAGGUACAUGGCAGCUGGAAAGCAUAUUGGUAAGGUGAUUAUAAAAAUUCGUGAUGAGGAACGAAGCAGUCGUUUUAUAAAACCUAAGAAUAUAUGCAUGGAUGCUGUUCCAAGGUACAUGUGUGAUAAAGAUUUAGUGUACAUCGUGGUAGGAGGUCUUGGUGGCUUCGGUUUGGAGCUUGCAGAUUGGCUUAUCUUGAGGGGAGCUAGAAAAGUGCUGCUCACCUCCAGGAAAGGAAUCAGCAACGGUUACCAAUCAUCAAGGCUAAAAGCAUGGGCGGGCUAUGGAGCUGAUGUACAAAUUUCAACGCACGAUGUCACAACUGAAGAAGGAUGUGAACAAAUGUUGAAGAUGGCGAACGCUAUGGGAACAGUCGAGGCGAUAUUCAACUUGGCAGUGAUAUUGAAAGAUUCCAUUUUCCAGAAUCAGACUGCAGACUCUUUUAAGACAUCAUUUGCUCCCAAAGCACUGGCUACAAUGAAUUUGGACAAAUUUUCGAGGAAAAUGUGCCCUAAAUUAAAGGAUUUCGUGAUAUUCUCAUCUGUAUCUUGCGGUCGUGGUAACGCUGGACAGACCAACUACGGUUUCUCCAACUCUGUGAUGGAGAGAAUCUGCGAGUCGAGAAAGAAGCUCGGUCUCCCCGCGCUCGCCAUACAGUGGGGUGCCGUGGGUGACGUCGGUCUCGUAGCAGACAUGCAAGACGAAGACGUCCAAUUGGAAAUCGGUGGAACUUUACAACAAAGGAUUUCCUCCUGUCUGCUAUCUCUGGAUAAAUUCUUGAAACAGAAUGCCGUUAUAGUGUCCUCGAUAGUUGUAGCCGCAAAGAAGGCUGGAGGCUCUGGGUCUGCAAGUGCUGCGGAAGCAGUUUCGCAGAUUUUAGGUAUCAAAGAUCUCAAGACAGUGUCUCAGCAAGUGGCUCUUGCUGAAUUGGGCAUGGACAGUAUGAUGGCGAUCGAGAUCAAACAAACUUUAGAGAGGGAAUUCGAGAUGUUUCUGACAGCGCAAGAUAUCAGAUCCCUGACAUUUGCAAGGCUAGUAGAACUAGCAGCUCAAAAAGAAAUGGACGCGUCGACAUCAGCUCGCUCUGUCAUCCCUGAUGAGGUCACCGGUCUCAAACUCCUGAUGAGGAAUUUUGGUGAUGAGAAAUUGGCUUAUGAACCUUUUAUAUACAUGCCAUCUAUGGUUAGCGAUGGCUCAGAGGUCGAUGUAUUAGAUAGCGAAAAAGAGCUGACAAUGUUUCUGUUGCCUGGUAUAGAAGGUUGUGCUUCAGGAAUGAAGGCUUUAUGUAGUGGGCUUAAGAUCAAGACUUGUGUUUUACAGUUUGGCUAUGAAGAGAACCGGGAUACAUUAAGCUGCUUUGUCAAAAGAUUGUACAAGACAGUUAAAUCAAAAUUGACUCCUGGAAAUCCAUACAUACUUCUCGGAUACAGUUUUGGUACCCUACCCAUGCUAAAACUGGCAAGCAUGCUGGAAAGCGAUGGUCACAAUGGCACAGUAUUCUGCAUAGACGGGAGUCCAGACUUUGUCUACAAGCUACUUACCUCGACAUUGUCUACCUCAAGUGACACUCAACUUCAAAACAGCUUGAUUUGCCGAACCAUGGAAUUGAUGGCUCCGAAAAGUGAUGUCACAAAAACACUCAUGAAGAAACUCGAGGAAAUCGAAUCGUUUGACGAGAGAAUUAAUUAUGCAAUAAAGAUCAUUCCACCAGAGAUGAACUACUCAGAUAAAUUUGCUAAAUUUAUUGCGAUUGCUGUUUUCAACCGUAUGAAAAUUAUUCUUGAUCAAGACGAAUUUAAGAAGAUCAAAGCUUCAAUAGUUCUAUUGCGUCCGAAGGAAAAUCCGUUCUUGGUGAUCGAAGAAAAUUAUGGUCUGGAAAAAUUCACAGACGGUACCCUCACAGUUCAUCACGUAGAUGGUGAUCAUGUUAGUAUAGUUGAGAAUAAGGAUUGUGCGAAUAUUAUAAAUAAAGUUUUAGCUGAAAAUUAUUAUGCAAAGAUGGACAAGAAAAUUGUAUCGAGUAUAGUCGACUAACCGUGUUCAGAAGGCGUUUAAUCAAUAAAAUGUUUAUAAAAUUCAGAUUCAGAAUGGGAAUUCCAGUUUAAUAUUUUGUCACAAAUUGUGUAACAGGUUUAAUGGUGUCUGUUCUUGUAAAG